AUGUCGGCCAUCAACAGCCUUGUUCCUGCGCGGUUUCUGACCAUCAUAGCUCAUCUUGUGAUUGUGAUCACCAUCUUUUGGACGAGGGAAUAUAACGUGGAGGCUUGCUUGCCUUUGGAGUUCACGCAAGAGCAAUACAACAGGGAGGACUUAAAGUUAGUGGUAGGGCUAUCUGUCACACUUGUGUUGUUUGCAAUUGAGCUGGCUGGCUUUUUCUCAGGAGUGUCCAUGUUCAAUGCCUGCCAAGGCCUUCUGUCACUGACAGUCCACUGCAGCGCAUCCGUCUCUUUGUCUUAUUUUGUGUUUGAGAAGUGGGAGUGCUGGACAUAUUGGAUUAUUUUUGCCCCCUGCAGUUUGCUGCCUGCCUUAUUGGAGAUUCUUCUGUUCAUUGCUGUUUUUGGACUGGCGAAGAAACCAUUAUGA